AUAAAGACUUGGUGUACAGUUGUACACAAAUCGUGAAAAUCCUCUCCUGACUCGACGGUGACCUAGCUGUCUCACGGGUCAAUCAAGAGUCUUACCGUAAUACCUGUCUCCCACCAAAGCUCACGGAGAAGGCUCUUCGCUUGAAGCGGGUCGCUUACGCCGCAUCGGGGUUUUCUUGUCUCGGCGUUGCACUUUAGCUCCAUCUACGCCGACUUUUCCCUGGUGUGGAACUAUUUUUUCAAUCUAAUUGAGUAUGGCCAGUGGUCCAGCAUCAUUUUCAGAUAUAGGCAAAAAGGCAAAAGACUUACUGACCAAAGAUUACAACUUCAGUCACAAGUUUACCCUGUCAUUGCUGAGCUCUUCCGGGCUGGGGCUUACAGCUACAGGUUUGAAGAAGGAUCAAAUUUCUUUUGGUGACAUAAGUACCCUGUACAAGAGUGGAAAUACUACAGUGGAUGUGAAAGUUGAUACUUUUUCUAAUGUGACCACGAAAGUGACUGUGAGUGAUAUCUUACCAAGCACCAAAGCAGCACUUAGCUUCAAAAUUCCUGAUCACCAGUCUGGCAAGCUGGAUGUGCAGUAUCUACAUCCUCAUGCAGCAAUCAAUUCCAGUAUUGGACUGAACCCAACCCCUCUUUUGGAGCUUUCAGCGGCAAUUGGAAGCAAGGAUCUCAGUUUGGGUGGUGAAGUUGGAUUUGAUACGGUUUCUGCUUCCUUCAUCAAGUACAAUGCUGGGAUUGGCUUGAAUAGGCCAGAUUACUCCGUGGCACUUUUACUGACGGACAAAGGACAGGCAUUGAAGGCAUCUUAUAUUCAUUUUGUGAAUCCUGUCAAUGGAACGGCGGUUGCCGCUGAAAUGACCCACAGAUUUUCCAGCACUGAGAACAGUUUUAGCAUUGGAAGCUCUCAUGCGCUUGAUCCACAAACUCUGGUAAAAACACGAUUUUCUGACAACGGGAAAGUUGCGAUGCUGUGCCAGCAUGAAUGGAGGCCUAAGUCACUGAUUACUUUUUCCGCCGAGUACGACUCGAAGGCCAAUAAUGUGGCCCCCAAGCUGGGUCUUGCCCUUGCCCUCAAGCCUUGAGUUGAGGCAAUUGUUUUGAUCGUGUUGGGGCAAUUUGAAUUUAACAACUUUCAACUAUUGCCUAUUUCUUUCCCAAAAUUUGAAGAGGGUAUGCAUUUACCCCAUAAUUAUUUUUUAUAACCAAGAAUUAGUUUUGGUGGGAAAAUUGGACCCAUUUUUGAAGGAGGAAGAACAAAGAAAAAAAAAAGGAAAAUUGUAGUGAUAUUUUCUUCUGUAUUGGCCCCCCAUGGGAGGGGGAAUGAGAUUUUUCAGAAUGUGUAGAAGAAUCGUUUUCGAGUCGGAAGUUGUGCCCGACGACAUGUCGGUAUAUUGUGUCGGGUGAUCUAAUUUACACCUUGAAAUUAGAAUAAAAACGAACUUUUU